UCUAAACCUACUCUAUUUCACGAAAUGACAAAACGAACAUUUGAGUUUGACAUCUAAUUGUUCGGAAUUCUUACCUCAAAUUGACGAAGUAAAAAAUGUUACCUUUUCAUUUUCGUGAGCAAUUUUUUAUUUUCGAAAUGGGGUCUAUAUUACUAUUAAUCGAGUCAGCUCUCAGUAAAGAACGAUUAGACCGUAGAAGAAAUCGGCAGCGGCUUCGAAAUAGCCUUAAUAUAAGAAAUAUUCUCGAUACUGAGUUUGUAAGUAUUUACAGACUCAGAUGUGAAUUAUUUCAAGAACUAUGCCAAGAGAUUAUACCUUUACUGCGUCCACAGGCAAGAUCUCAUGCCAUCGAGUCCACAAUUAAACUUGGAAGAUAUUUUAUCGUAGUUCUUGAUAAAAAAAAUUGAAAGGAAUCUUAUUAAGAGACAGUGAGUACCUAAUAGUUUAUUUUGGCUUUAUGUAUGAAUUGUGAAUAAUUACCUAUAGAAUUAUGUCAUUAAUAUUACAGAUUUUACGAGGCAUAUAGGCUUUAUUAUGCCUGAAAAAUAUGACUGACAAAAAGUAAAUUUAUUACUAAAAACCUUUUUUGUGCCGAAAAACUAAAUAUUACUUACAUACUUAAUUAUAAAGUUUUUUACUGAAUUGUCAAGAUAAAUUUCGGAACUCACAAUAAUUAAAUAAAAU